AUGCUGACCCAUAAUAUCGAAGACGCCUCGCGUAUUGCGGCCGACAGAGGAAUAGACUUGAAGGACAUUGGCUUGGCCGAGGCCCGAAGGAUUAUGUCGGAAGAGCAUAAAGCUCUCGGAUACCGCCCACCUCACGGCUCUCUCGCAUCAGCAGCGCAAGCCGCCGCUUCUAAACACCCGAAUCCCGAAUCCAAUACCCUUCACAUCGACGAAGAGACCCUUCGCAGAGCCGCGCUCGAAGAUGCAGCCAGGAUAGCUGCACAGCGCUCACACCCAGGUUCACCCGAAACGGACGCAAGCACCUCUGGCAUCAACCUGGAUGCCAUCGGCGUAGAGGAAGCACGGAGACUCAUGUCUGCGGAACACAAAGCACUGGGCUAUCGGCCGCCGCCCGGCUCGCUUGCCGCCGAUGCCCAAGCCGCUGCUUCCAAACACCCCAAGGGCCUGGAAGGCGUCCCCAAGCCGCCUAGGGAAGUCCUCGCGCAAGAGGCACUGAAAGACGCUGCUCGCAUCGCAUCGCAGAGAAGCGGCAGCAGCAAGUCAAAUUCGUCAGGAAGUCCGCCUGAGUCGCCGGAGCAGGGCGCUCUUGAGUCAAGUAAGGAUGUGAGGUCGCUACCAGCCGAAACAAGAGCAAUCCUAGACGAGCACGGUAGCGAGCCAAUGACUAAAGACAUUGCUGCCGAAGUCGUAUCCGAGGAACACCUGCGUAUCGGGCAUCGCCCCGAAGCCGGCUCCGUCGCUGCUAUCGCCCAAAGCGUAGCCGACAAGAACGAGAACGACGCUGGCAACAGAGUCCUAUUCGCCGGCUCCGACCUAGGUCCUGUGGCCAAGGCCAUUCUGAAAGAUCAUUCCGACGAACCGACAUCGAAAGAAGAACACAGACGUCUGGGGCGCCUGCCUGAAUCUGUUACCGUUGCACCGACAGCACGGAGUGUUGCGGAUAGGAAUAAGAAUGAGCAGGACGGGGCGGGGAGGGUGUUGGAGGCUUGA